GAGUGGGCGGGGCUUGUGCCGGGCGAUCGGCUAGCUGCCGGGAAUGACGGCUCCGCGGAGGGGGGAUCGCGCGGCGUCGCCGGCCAGCACGAAGCCAAUGCAUGAGAAGGCAGGGCCCAUGCACAGUCCGGACAAACCAGAGGCACUGCAUAAGGAAAAAAGCUUGGAUUCUCCAAACGGCAGCCUGCACUUGAGUGAUGCCGUCAAGGAGGAGCUAAAGAAAUGUCACCGGGAAGUGGCUCCAAAUAAGUACAAUUCCCAGUACCACAAGUUAUUCAAGGACAUCCCCACAGAGGAGAGUGUGCUGAAAGUCUGCUCCUGCGCCCUCCAGAGAGACAUUCUCAUCCAAGGCCGGCUCUACAUCUCCCCAAACUGGCUCUGUUUCUAUGCAAACCUUUUUGGAAAAGAUAUCAAGGUGGUUAUUCCUGUUGUCUCUGUCCAGCUGAUAAAAAAGCACAAGACAGCCCGGCUGCUGCCCAAUGGACUGGCUAUCACCACCAACGCGAGCAGAAAAUACAUCUUUGUGUCCCUUAUCUCAAGAGACAGUGUGUACGAUGUGUUGCGGAGAGUCUGCACCCACCUGCAGGUCUCGAGCAAAAAGAGUUUGAGCUUGAAAGAGCUGACGGAAGAGCCGGAUGCAGUGUCGCUGGAGGUGAUCGUCCCUGAAGUGAAGUGGAGGAAGGGGUCCCCAACAUCACUGUCGCUGGCCCUCCCAGAUGCAGGCUUCCAGUGCAUCCACCGGGCUUCCGCCAGCAGCCUCAGCAAGGAGAGUUCGUGCAACUCGGAGGAGCCUCUGGUGUCAGAGAGUGCAAUAAACACUGAAGAGGAGGACCUGGAGGCAGAGCAAAGCUGCAAGGCCGAGUUGAAGCCUUCCGACUACCAGUUGCUGAAAGUCUUCAUUGUGUUGAUCUGCCUCCUGGUGGUGUCUUCCUCCUACCUGGCCUUCCGCAUCUUCCGCCUGGAACAGCAGCUCUGCUCUUUGAAUCGGGACUAUCUCUCCCGCGUGCCCCGCAGGUGACUGUGGUUUCAUGAGGGGUGGCGAUGAAGGAAAGAGGACCUUGGGGUUCACAUUCUUGUCCAGCCCAACUAGCUAACCCAGCUGCAGAGGAUACAGGGCAAGGGGAUGUCCUUGUCCGCAUCACUCCCGCACCACAGCACUCCGUUUCCAGCAGUCAAACUUAGA